AUGCUGUCCCUCUCCUCCUUCGUUAGGCUCGUUUCAGUGGGCUUGGUCGCCCAGAGUGCCGUUGUCGCUGCCCAAGGCUGGGGUUACUGGUGCAAGUGCUACCCUGGUGACUUCUGCUGGCCUCCCAAGAACUCGCUCCGAUGGUGGUUGUUGAACCAAGCCGUUGAUGGCAAUCUACGGGAAGUGGUUCCAGAUCCCGCUGUGUGCUACAACACGUUCCGGGGCAAGCCCACCUACAACGCCCAAGCUUGUCAAGAAGUGCGGGAUAACUGGACGAACGAGCAGUGGCAGACUGACCGCGAAGUGUCCAACAUCUGGAUUCACUGGACCAACACUACUUGCCUGCCCACCGAAAACCCUAACGAUUCGUGCACCUUGGGUUACGUCCCCGAAUAUGUUAUCAUGGCUCAGAACAGGCAGCAUGUCAAGGCUGGCGUUGACUUCGCUCGCAUGAACAAUCUCCGCCUCAUCAUUCGCAACACUGGUCACGAUUUCAUGGGAAGGUCUACUGGUUAUGGCGCCCUCGCCAUCAACACCCACAAUCUCAAACAGGUCACUUUCCAUGAUCGUUGGAACGGCCCAGGCGGUUACACUGGUAGCGCUGUCACCGUUGGCGCAGGAGUCCAAGGACGUGAGCUCUGGUAUCAGCUUAACGCUCGCAAUCCUCCACUCGCUGUCGUAACUGGAGAAUGCCCUACUGUUGGUUUCGCUGGUGGAUUUAUCCAAGGCGGUGGUCACGGACCUUUGUCAACGAUUCAUGGCAUGGCUGCCGACCAAGCUCUUCAAUUUGAGGUCGUCACCGCCGACGGCAGAUACCUCACUGUCAACUCCCGUAACCAUCCUGACCUCUUCUGGGCUUUGAAGGGUGGAGGACCAUCCACCUUCGCAGCCGUCAUCUCAGUCACCGUCAAGACGUUCCCGGAGGUUCCCUCAGCAGGCGCUACCCUCUACAUUAACUGGACCCACACCGUGGAUCAGGAACUCUUCUGGAAGGGUUUCUCUGCCUUCCACAACCGUGCCAACUACUGGGUUGAUCAUGGCAUGUACGCCUACUACGAACUCUUCCCCUUCACCUUCAGAGUUCAACCCUUUGUCGCACCCAACAUGAACGCAUCACAACUCGCAACCGUCCUCCAGCCUCUCUACGAUGAACUGGAUGCCCAGGGCGUCCCUUACGAAUCUAGCAUCAAGGACUACUCCACUUUCUUCGACCUCUACAUCGACUUGUUCGAAGAUGAACAAUCAGGCGCCAACGUUCUCAUUGGUGGCCGAAUCUUCACUCGCCAAGAUAUCGAGGAGCACGGUAACGACAUUGUCGAGGCCAAGAAGGGCAUCGUUAACUAUGGUGUUAUCGGUCAUAUCGUUGGUCCCGGCCAUGGCCUCCCUUCAGCGGACAGCGCCGUCAACCCCGUCUGGCGUAAUGCUACCUCGAUGAGUAUCACCAUGUACCCCAUGACUCCCGACAUGAGCUUCGACCAGAAGGCCGCUGCCGAGCAGUUCUUGACUGACCACGUCGACGGUCCCCUCCGUGCUGCUAGCCCGUACGGCGCAGCAUACGUCAACGAGGGUAACCUCGCGGAGCCCAACUGGCAAACCGCAUUCUGGGGCACCAACUACCCUCGACUCCUCGACAUCAAGAGGCGAUACGAUCCCUUCGGUGUCUUCUACGCUCGCUCCACCCCCGGUACCGAAGAUUGGGAAGUCCUCGACUAUGGAAGGCGCCUCUGCAAAAAGGUUUUCUAA